AUGUCUAAAUCUGGUAAUAAAAUCCCUCGCACUUGGCUUUGUUAUUCAAUAAUUUUAAAUAAAAUAUACUGUGAGACAUGUUGGCUUUUUGCUGACCGAUCUUACAAACAUUAUAAUGCAACAUGGAUUUAUGGAAUUGAUGAUUGGCAACAUGCCUCGCAAAAAAUAUAUACUCAUGAUACUUCGGUUCAAAAUAUUGAAGCUAUUAAAAUAAGAUGCUUAUGGGCAAAAAAUCAAGUAAUUGAAAAGGAAUUGGAAAAUCAAAUUUCAGAAGAAGCAGCUUAUUGGAGGAGUGUAUUAGAGAGAAUAAUCAGAAUUAUAUUGCACUUAACUGCUGGAAAUAAUGCACUUCGUGGUAAUGAAAAGAAAUUUAGCAAGGACAACUCAUUUAAUGAAGGGAAUUUUUUACAAACUGUUCGACUCAUGGCAAAUUAUGAUCAUAUAUUAAGUAAACUUAUAUCUUGUAAAGAAAGUAAAGUCAAGUACCUAAGUCAUACUAUUACUGAUGAACUCAUUAUUAUAUUGUCAAACGAUUUACUUAAAACAAUUUGCGCUGAAAUAAAUGGAUGCCAAUGUUUUUCAAUUAUUACUGAUUCGACCCAAGAUAUAACAAAAUUAGAUCAGUUAAGUAUAAUCAUCCGUUAUGUUGUUGUCAAUUAUGAAAGUAAGACGUUGGAAGUCAAAGAAUCAUUUGUUGGAUUUUAUAACUUAAAAAGUCACGGUGCAGUUGAUUAUGUAAACCUUACGCAAGACGUUUUAAUAAAAAUUGGUUUAAAUAUUAACAAAUGUCGAGGCCAGGGAUAUGAUGGAGCUUCUGUCAUGAGUGGAGCACAUUCGGGAGUGCAAACAAGGAUAAAACAUAUUGUUCCAUCAGCCAAGUAUGUCCAUUGCUGUAGCCACAAUUUAAAUCUAGUUAUUUCGGAUGCAGCUAAGUGUCACAAUAAAGUAAAAAAUUUUUUUGAAACUGUUCAAAAUGUGUUCAACUUUUUUGCCAGUAGUGCCCCAAGAUGGGCUUUAUUAGCUUUAGGUCAACAUUUUGGCGAUACAGUUCAAAAAAAAGUUUUAAAAAAGGUAUGCCCAACCAGAUGGGAGGCUCGACACGAUGCUGUGUUUUCGCUCAAAGAACGUUUCAUUGAUGUACUUAAAGCUUUGACUUGUAUGGCCCUUACCAGCAAGAAAACAACCGAACGAACCUUGGCAUCUGGCUUGAAAAGUAAAAUUGAAAAUUUUGAAUUUGUUUUAAUCUUGUGUACCUGGGAACCUAUAUUACGAUCAUUAAGAGUAAUUUCUAAAAAAUUACAAAAUGUAGAUAUGAACCUAGAAGAAGCUUCUAAAAUGCUAAAUAAUGCAGUUAAUUUUAUUCAAGAGACAAGAAAUAGUUACGAUGAUAAUGUACUUGAUAAUGCAAAAUCGCUGUGUUCAAGAUGGGGAAUCCCCAAUAAAUUUGUAGAAAAAAGAGAAUCGUAUGCCAAAAAACAUUUUUAUGACAAUUUAAAUGGAGAUAGGAGACUUAACACAACUGAAGAAAACAUUAAAGUUAAAAUAUUUUUCCCUGUGUUGGAUACAGUUUUGUCUCAACUAAUUAAGUUUUUGCAAGAAAGAGACACUAUAACUAAUGUGUCGUGUAAUAUUAGUUCAAGUUUUGAAGGUGAAGAAACUAUACAAGGUACUCAAGUGAACAUUGAAGACAUACUAAUGAAUAAAGAAAAGCAUGAACCGAUUUGGAAAAGACCUUAA